UCCAAUGGGAGGUGAGAGGGGGCGGGACUAGCCCUUGCGGCGGAUUUCCUGCUGUUCCUCAGGUCCCUGGCUCCGAGCUUUCACGCCGUAUUCUCUCUCGCUCGUUCCGUCGCUCUUCGCGCGGUGUCUCCGUGCUCUCUCUCCCUCUCCGCCCCUCCCAGUGUGACUAACCCUCUCCGCCCCCGCCCAGGCUGCCGGAGCUCACUCAGAGGGCAAGAUGCCGGCGGUGUCCAAAGGUGACGGGAUGCGGGGACUGGCCGUGUUCAUCUCCGACAUCAGGAACUGUAAAAGUAAAGAAGCUGAAAUUAAAAGAAUCAAUAAGGAGCUAGCCAACAUUCGAUCAAAGUUUAAAGGGGACAAAGCUCUAGAUGGCUACAGUAAGAAGAAGUAUGUAUGCAAGCUUCUUUUCAUAUUCCUCCUGGGUCACGAUAUUGAUUUCGGUCAUAUGGAAGCUGUGAACUUGCUGAGUUCCAACAAGUACACAGAGAAGCAGAUUGGCUACCUUUUUAUAUCUGUGCUGGUGAAUUCUAACAGUGAACUGAUCCGCCUUAUUAACAAUGCCAUCAAGAAUGACCUGGCCAGCCGCAACCCUACCUUCAUGUGCCUGGCCCUCCAUUGCAUUGCUAAUGUUGGCAGCAGAGAAAUGGCAGAAGCUUUUGCUUCUGAAAUCCCCAGGAUUCUGGUGGCAGGAGACACCAUGGAUAGUGUAAAGCAGAGUGCUGCUCUGUGCCUGUUGAGACUUUAUAAGACAUCCCCAGACCUUGUGCCUAUGGGUGAAUGGACAUCACGGGUGGUCCACCUUCUUAACGAUCAGCACAUGGGAGUAGUGACAGCAGCCGUCAGCCUCAUUACUUGUCUCUGUCGAAAAAACCCUGAAGACUUCAAAACAUGCGUCUCUUUGGCAGUCUCCAGACUCAGCAGGAUUGUCUCAUCAGCUUCAACAGAUCUCCAGGAUUACACCUAUUACUUUGUCCCAGCUCCCUGGCUGUCUGUCAAACUUCUUCGUCUCCUUCAAUGUUACCCUCCACCAGAGGAUGCUGCUGUGAAGGGGCGGCUUGUAGAAUGUCUAGAGACCAUCUUGAACAAAGCACAAGAGCCACCAAAAUCAAAGAAGGUCCAACAUUCCAAUGCCAAGAAUGCUAUUCUGUUCGAGGCCAUCAGUCUCAUUAUCCACUAUGACAGUGAACCUAACCUAUUGGUGAGAGCCUGCAACCAGUUGGGCCAAUUCCUUCAGCACAGAGAGACCAACCUUCGAUACCUGGCCCUGGAAAGCAUGUGCACUCUGGCUAGUUCUGAAUUCUCUCACGAGGCUGUGAAAACACACAUUGAGACUGUAAUCAAUGCCUUAAAGACUGAAAGGGAUGUCAGCGUCAGACAGCGGGCAGCAGAUCUCCUUUACGCAAUGUGUGAUCGUACAAAUGCUAAGCAGAUUGUCUCGGAAAUGCUAAGCUACCUGGAAACUGCAGAUUAUUCCAUACGGGAGGAAAUUGUACUUAAAGUUGCCAUUUUGGCUGAAAAAUAUGCUGUUGACUACAGUUGGUAUGUAGACACUAUUCUGAACCUGAUACGCAUUGCUGGAGAUUAUGUGAGUGAAGAGGUCUGGUACCGUGUCAUCCAGAUAGUCAUCAACCGGGAUGACGUACAAGGUUAUGCUGCUAAAACAGUAUUUGAGGCUCUGCAGGCCCCAGCUUGCCACGAGAACAUGGUGAAGGUCGGAGGUUACAUAUUAGGAGAGUUUGGCAAUCUUAUAGCAGGAGAUCCCAGGUCGAGCCCAUUGGUACAGUUCAACUUGCUCCACUCCAAAUUCCACUUGUGCAGCGUCUCUACCAGAGCCCUCCUGCUCUCCACCUACAUCAAAUUUAUUAAUCUGUUUCCUGAGACCAAGCCUACUAUUCAAGAUGUUCUGCGGUCUGACAGCCAGAUCAGAAAUGCUGACGUGGAGCUACAGCAGAGGGCAGUAGAAUACCUGAAACUCAGCUCAGUCGCCAGUACUGAUGUCUUGGCUACAGUUCUGGAGGAGAUGCCUCCAUUUCCAGAGCGGGAAUCCUCUAUCUUGGCCAAGUUGAAGAAGAAAAAGGGUCCUGGUGCUGUCAGUGAGAUAGAGGAGGGGAAGAAAGAUCAGAACUCUGAAAUCAAUGGAGUUGAGCCAACAACAAGCACUGCGUCUACGCCGUCACCAUCUGCUGACCUCCUUGGAUUACGCAGCGCCCCUGUGACUGGUUCUGCGGCACCUGGCUCCAGUAAUCUGUUGGUUGAUGUAUUUGACACACCACCAGUGUCUGCAGCCCCUGGUAAUGAAGACAACUUUCUAAGUGACUCUGACCCACCCCCUGAGUGUCCUGCGUCUCUAUUGGUCGAUGCACCCGAGUCUUCAGAUUCUGGUUCUGCUGUCUCCGAGGAUCCUGCUUUGCCUAUUGCUGAGUCUGAUGAGCUCCUAAACAAGUUUGUCUGCAAGAACAACGGCGUCUUAUUUGAGAAUCAGCUUUUGCAGAUCGGGGUCAAGUCAGAAUUCCGUCAGAACCUGGGACGUAUGUAUUUGUUUUAUGGCAACAAGACAUCCGUGCAGUUCCAGAGCUUUACAUCAACAGUCUCAUAUCCAGCUGACCUACAGAGUCUGCUUAACAUCCAGACAAAGCCAGUAGAUCCAGUCGUUGAAGGCGGUGCUCAGGUUCAGCAGGUGUUGAACAUUGAGUGCUUGUCGGACUUUGACCAGGCUCCUCUCAUCAACAUAAAAUUUAGGUAUGGAGGGACACUACAAAACAUUACCCUAAAACUUCCUGUUACCAUUAACAAGUUCUUCCAAGCCACUGAGAUGCCGUCUCAGGACUUUUUCCAGCGUUGGAAACAACUUAGUCUCCCACAGCAAGAAGCACAGAAAAUCUUUAAAGCAAAUCAUCCAAUGGAUUCUGAAGUAACGAAAGCAAAGUUAUUGGGCUUCGGCACCGCCCUAUUGGAGAAUGUGGAUCCUAACCCAGACAACUACGUGGGAGCUGGAAUUGUUCAGACUAAAUCCAUCCAAGUCGGAUGUCUGUUACGUCUGGAACCCAAUAUCCAAGCUCAGAUGUACCGACUUACUCUGAGAACGAGCAAGGAGUCUGUUUCCAAGCACUUAUGCGAGCUUUUAUCAAAGCAGUUUUAAACCAACACAAAUGUGUCCUCUAAAGGCAGUAAAGCUAACAAACAAAACACUACAUGGAGAUUUUACCAUGCGUCACGCAAACGUGUGUUUGUACAAUGGCAAAGAUGGGCAUGUUGGUGCCUCGUCUAUGCAGAAUGUCUUAGUUUGUGUGUUUGUGUGUGUGUGUGUGUGUGUGUGUAUGAGCGCGCACGCAUAUGUAUGUGUCCAGUAAAGUCCAAGGGACUUUGUAUAACAAAAGAGAAGGCUAACUAUUAAUAUUCUUAUUGUAAUAAGAUGUGGUCGUUCCUCUACAUUUUGUCGUUCUUUCUGUGACUGUACGUUACCAAGCUUGAAAGGGAUGCAUGAAGCAGAGCAGCCCGCCUCAUCCUAUACUCAGGAUAAAGGGUGCCUGCUUUCAUGCCACUCAUGGCUGGUAUUUUGAUAAGGGAACACGUUAGCCUAGAUGCUGCUCAACAAUGGAGACCCUGCUUAUUGAGUAGGAAUGUAAUGAAUUCUGCAGAUGGAGAAGAAACCAAAAGCAGCGGCAAUUCUCUUUUCUUCCUUUAUCAUCCUCUUCUGAUGUAUUCUCUCUUUGUGUUUCUCUCUUACCCUUUCUCAACCAGUAAAGCAGCCAGUUUGGACUUUGUUGACUGUUGCAUGCCAUAUCAGCACAAAAAAGACGUAGAUGCACAGGGUCCCAAUGAUUAUCAUGAGGCCAAUGUGUUUGUGGAUAGGUCUGUACUGCAUUUUUAGCUAAGAUUUUUUUUCUUUUUUUUUUAACAUUUGUCCUCUUCCUUUAAAAGAAAAAAAAUGUUUCUGGAAAUUAUAACAUUUUAGCCUGUGGAUGGCAAGAGUUUUUACAUUAUACACAAACCCUUGACUCUGUGCUCACAACUUGCCUGAAAACCAGUAUACGGUAUGUAAAACAAGAAGAGAAAUAUAUGUCGCAGACUGGGGCCUCUGUCUGUCUAGUUUAUCUGUUGUCCGUGAUCUGUUGCUUUGAUAUUGCUAGGGGUUUCGCCAGGGGAUGUCGCAGAAGUAAUAGACAUAUUUAAAUUAAUUUGCUGUAUGUUGCAGCUCAUUCUCAUGUUUUGGGUCUAGCCGCCAAAAUCUCUUCCUGUAGGGAAUAUGUGUGCCUGAGCUAUGUUUUUGUUGGUUUUUGUUUAAGCAUUCCAUGACAUUUUUGUUUCGUUUUAUUUUAACAUUGGAUUUGUACUUUGUAUGAAUUAUUCUAUGUUGUUUGCUUGAGAACCUCAGUAUCAUCUCCAUUCCUUUUACUGCCUUCUCCUAGGCUUAGAGAAGGGAUUCAACCUUUGGAAAUAAAAGUAUAGGAGAAGCCUGGGCACGUGAAAAGAUUGUGCUCCUUCCCCCAUACAACUUAUAUUUUGUAGAACAGGUGAAGCCCAACUGGUUGCGUUCAGUGUUUGAAACUGCAAGGUGUUCAGGACUCAUGGGACAAUUACUCACUUGUUUUAAAAAUGACCACUACAGACAUGUUUCCAAAAUGGAAUAUCUUGUUUAUUUGAGAAGGAUGAUCUCUAUUGUCUCCUCCAAUGUGAAUGUACUGGCUCAAUCUGGACCUGCAACAUUGAAAAUGAUACAGUAUUACAUACACCUUUAAUUCUAGAUAUCAUGAUGUCCUACACUUUUUCCAUCAGCUUCAAAGCUACCUAUUGGCGGUUCCUGAUCUACCAGAGUGUAAUUCUCAUAAAUCAAGCCCAUGGGGGUCCUUUUAACUCCAAAAGAGUUUAGUUAUUUUUAUAUAUUCAUUUUUUUUUUAUUUUUUUUUAAUUCUGCGUUGCAUAUCUUGCCUAAUUUUUUAAUUUUUUCCAAAUUUCUAUGGCCCAUAAUUUACUUUCAAUUUUCUUUUGAGGGGUAGGUGACUAUACCUGCCUGUGUACAUAGGUAUAUAUAAAUAUAUAAAAUAUUAUAUAAAUGUUAUUGCAUAAUCAUGAGGUACAUAAAUACAUUUUAAAAAAAAAAAAGCAUCCCUGCCAACAGUUGGGUAAUCCUGAAGCACCAUCAAACAUUCUUGUAAGGACACAUUAACCUAAUCGGCCCAGCCAACUAGUCACUCCUCGUCCACAAUUUUCUUUAUAGGUUAACUUUUCUAAAUCAACAGGCCAUCUGCCUGCAGAUGCCAUUUCUCGCCUCUAGAUGGCAGUAGAACGUAGCCUAUAUACUUAAGUCUUUCUUUUUGAUUAACCACACUUUUACAUCGUCAUGUCUGUUAGCUCCCCUUUUAGAUUGUUAAAUAUUUUUAUCCCUGCUAGCCACGAAGAAAUACUGACGGUCAUUCACUAGUUGUGAACUGUGGUGUUGAGAUGGCUAGGCUGCAAAAUCGAAGUCGAAAUAGUGGAGUUAAAAGAAUGUGUUUCAUUUAUAUUCCUUUUGCCUAUAUUUUGCAUUUUGGGAUUUCCUUUUGCUUGGUUCUCUCUGUAUAGAAUAACCUGUUUGAUUUAUUUACCAGGAGAGAAUAUGCAUUGUGAGUUGCAAAGCAAUCAAAUUAGUGUAUUCUGUAAAGCAGGGGUUCCCAAAUCAGUCAUCAAGGCACCCCCACCAGUCCAGGAUUUAGGGAUUAUCCAAUUGUGUUUUAGGUGUUUUUUGUGUUUUUUUUUAUUUUUAGGUAAUCCCUAAA